UACUGUAUAACUUUAGAAUUGAAAUAAGUUUUAUAAUGAAUAAAUUAAUUAUCGGUGUUAUAUAUCUAUUCGGUUUUGUGGCAACAUUUGAUAAGAGAAGCUGGAUCUAUGAAUUGACCGAAGUUAAUACCAAAAGUUCAAAUCCCGAUUUAAUAAAUAUAAAUUUAAGUAUUGAACGCAUUAAACGUGGUGUUUUUGCUUUAUCCGGAGAAUUUUACAUGAAUCUUGAUAUGACAGAGGGCGAUGGAAAUAAUGUGCAACUAAAAUCAUUUCGUAGUACCAAUGGUGAUGGUGAUUACAGAAGUAUACCCUUGCAAAUGUCACAACGUCAUUUCUACGAGGCAUUUAAUAGUCAUUAUAAAAGUGUGCUUAUGGAUACAUUUAAGGAUUGUUCAGAUUUACCAGUUUUUGAAGAUAAGUUUACACCACCUCUCGAAAAGAAAACCUAUAUUUUAGAUAAAUGUCAAAUAUCUCAGGACGGUAUGCCUAAUCAUAUGGAAGCAGGUGUAUAUAAGAUUGUUUUAUCGGGUACUGGUGAUGUUGAGUGGGAAGUGGAGGUAAUAGCUGAAGUCGAAGCUAAUAAUGUGUAGUAUAAAAGUGAAAUUAAUG